GUGGCAACACUUUCAUCCAAAUUUCAUAACAUUUUGCGAAUUCGGAAGCUUGGAAUUUUAAUUUUUGACAAGACUUGAUAGAAUUAACUAUCUUAUUGACAAUGGCAGACGCUGAAGAUAUCGGGAAACUUUUUGUUGGAGGUUUGAGUUGGGAAACAACUAAGGAAAACCUCCAGAGUUACUUUAGUCGCUUUGGAGAAAUUGUUGAUUGCGUUGUUAUGAAAAAUAAUGAAACUGGUAGAUCUCGAGGAUUUGGAUUUGUGACUUUUAAAGAUCCUAAUUGCGUGAACGCAGUCUUGCAGGCUAAGCCCCAUGACUUGAAUGGGCGCACUAUUGAUGCAAAGGAAUGUACUCCCCGGAGUAUGCAGAAAAGGGGUGGUAAUAAAACCCCAAGUCAAUCAAAAAUAUUUUUGGGAGGACUUCCUCGAGAUAUAACAGAGUCUGACAUUCGAAAUGCCAUGUCAAAAUUUGGAGAGGUUUCUCAAGUCAUAAUUAUGAUGGAUUCUGAAACAAAGAAAUGUAGAGGAUUUGGAUUUUUAUCUUUUGAAUCGGAAGAUAGCACGGAUCAAGUAUGUGCUUUACAUUAUGUCAGCAUCAAUGGCAAGCAGAUUGAAUGCAAAAGAGCUCAAGCCAGAGAUAAUAUGAGACGAAAUCCUGCUCAGCCACAGCCACACAUGAACAAUCAGAACUUUUAUCAACCUCCAUUUGGAUCAUCUGCCAUGGGAACACCUAAUUUUCAGAGUAGUAACUGGAAUCAGUCUAUAGCACAAUCGUCAUAUGUUGAGCCAGGAAAUGCUUUUAAUGGUUAUCAGAAUUAUGCCCCUCCUGCUGCUGCUCCUAGUGCAAAUAUUUAUGGCCAAACCAUGCCUUCUUAUAAUAGCAUGCCUGCUUCACAGUAUUCUGUACCUCCCUACUCAAGUUAUGGUUCUCAGCAGACAAACAUUCCUUCACAGUCUACCUAUGAUUAUGCUCAUCAACCUAUGAAUAAUAUGUCUCAGCCAUCUACCCCAUCAUAUUCCCAAAAUUUUUCUACAUUCCCUGGAGCAAAGAAUUCAUCUCCAGCUAUGCGUGGCCGCCCAUAUGAUUCAAAUGCUGGUUACUCUCAAGAACCGUAUGGAUCUGCUAAAAUGUAUGAUGACUUUUCAUCUAAAGUUCCAACCAAAGGCCCAAGUUAUGACAAUGCAGUUCCUUCAUUUCCCAAAUCUCAAGGAUAUCAUCCAUAUAGACGUUGAAUGGUUAUUCGUAUAUCUAUUAUGAUGCAUAUUAUUUGAAUAUGUUUCUUUUAAUAAAGUUUAUUAUAUUUAAAUAAUUGCUUUUAAUCAGCAUGAGAUAUCAAUGUUGUUCCACUCUUGUUCUAUUUGUAUCAAAUGAUGCAUUUUUUGUUUCACUCAAGGAAUCUAAAAAACCUUUUCCAAAAUUAAAGUGACAGUCGGUUUUCAUGCUGAUCCUCUUUUUUAAAUAAAUUAGUUUUCUAUUAAAUGGUAUGAACUUAUUGAAAAGAAAAAUAAGAACAAGCUAUAUAUAUUUUAAGAAUGUCUUUACAAAACAUUCUUAUUUUGUCUGGCCUGGAUAAUACAUUUUAUUGUUUUCAAAAACUUACUGAUUUAGGGCAUUUAUACAAAAUUUAUUCUUUACAGUACUCUUUAUGCUUAGGAUUUUUUGAACAUCCUAAACAAAUAUCAAUGUAAUAAUUUUGAAAUUAUAUUUUUCAAAUUGGAAAUAAAUAAAAAGGUUUUCA